AUGGAAGGGCUUUAUCUGAACAGAUAAGAAGAACUACAAAGGAUGGGAAAACCAAGCCAAGUGAACCAAACAGCUGUUUCAGACUUCCUCCUUCUGGGACUCUCUGAGAAGCCAGAGGAGCAACGACUCCUAUUUGGCAUCUUCCUGGGCAUGUACCUGGUCACCAUGACAGGGAACCUGCUUAUCAUCCUGGCCAUAAGCUCUAGCCCACACCUUCAUACUCCCAUGUACUUUUUCCUAGCCAAUCUAUCAUUAACUGAUGCCUGUUUCACUUCUGCUUCAGUCCCCAAAAUGCUGGCCAACAUUCAUACCCAGAGUCGGACCAUCUCUUAUUCUGGGUGCCUUGCACAGCUGUAUUUCCUCCUUAUGUUUGGUGGCCUUGACAACUGCCUGCUGGCUGUGAUGGCAUACGACCGCUAUGUGGCCAUCUGCCAGCCACUCCAUUACAGCACAGCUAUGAGUCCCCAACUCUGUGUACUAAUGCUGGUCAUGUGCUGGAUGCUAACCAACUGCCCUGCACUGAUGCACACACUGCUGCUGACCCGUGUGGCCUUCUGUGCCCACAAGGCCAUCCCUCACUUUUACUGUGAUCCCAGUGCUCUGCUGAAGCUUGCCUGCUCAGACACUCGCAUUAAUGAGCUGAUGAUCAUCACCAUGGGCCUAAUGUUCCUCACUGCUCCCCUCAUGUUGAUUGUCCUCUCCUAUGGCCGCAUUUCCUGGGCUGUGUUUGGCAUCUCAACUCCUGGAGGGCGAUGGAAAGCCUUCUCUACCUGUGGUUCCCACCUCACAGUGGUCCUGCUCUUCUAUGGGUCUCUGAUGGGUGUUUAUUUACUUCCUCCAUCAACUCACUCGGCAGAGAGUGAAAGUAGGGCUGCCAUUCUCUACAUGGUGAUUAUCCCCAUGUUAAACCCAUUCAUCUACAGCUUGAGGAACAGAGACAUGAAGGAGGCCUUGGGUAAACUAUUUGGUAAUGGAAAAAUGUUCCUCUUACCAUGA